AUGGGUCCCCAUCUGGCUCAAACAGUAACCAUGCCGAUGGCAGCAAUAUGAUGCACAUGCAACAACAAUAUCAACAACAGAAACACUUGCAAUCAAUCCAUGUAGAGACAUCUACCAAAGAGGUUCAAACAAGUCUUACAAUGGAAGGAAUAGAAAAUCUAGAAAAGAAAGCUACGAGUUGUUUAGAAGAAAAAGAUGUGAUGUUGGAGACACUAAAUGCAAAAGUUAAGGAGACACAGAAUCAGCUGCAGAAACAAAGUGAACAGUUAGCCAAAUGCUUAGCAAUGAACAAGAGCCUGCUACUAGAGAAAUCACAACAGGAGAAAAAGUUAAUACGUAAAGCCAGCAUGGAAAAUCGAUUGAAACUAGGCCAAUUCAACACUCAACGGCAAGGUGCACAGUUUGUAGAAAGUUGGAAAGACGGAUAUGCUUUCACAGAUAUUUUUAGGCAACAAGAAAGGCUAGCUCAAGAAAGAGAUGAAAUAGACAGACAAAAGAAACUGUUGACCAAACGGAAGCCACACCUACAGGGGGCACAAUCCAAUGCCAAAGCCAACUCAGUCCCUCAGCUUUCUGCACAAGCAUACUAUGAACAGGAUGAGAUACUGAAACUCAGACUGCAAGCCUUGAAGAAGGAGGAAGCUGACUUACAAGUUGAACUAGAAAAACUCGAACGUAGCCGUAAUUUGCAUAUACGUGAAUUAAAACGAAUACAUAAUGAAGACCUGUCCCGCUUCAAGGAUAAUCCAGUGCUACAUAAACGUUACCUUCUCCUGAAGCUGCUUGGCAAAGGGGGGUUCAGCGAGGUUCACAAAGGAUUCGACCUUGAAGAGCAACGAUACGUAGCAUGUAAAAUACACCAGCUGAAUAAAGACUGGAAAGAAGAUAAAAAGGCUAACUAUAUCAAACAUGCCUUAAGGGAAUAUGAAAUUCACAAGAGUUUAGACCAUAAUAGAAUUGUGAAACUGUUUGACGUCUUUGAAAUAGAUAGUAACUCAUUUUGUACAGUCUUAGAAUAUUGCGAUGGUAAAGAUCUUGAUUUCUACUUGAAACAAACAAAACUGAUUCCAGAGAAAGAAGCAAGGUCAAUCAUGAUACAAACUGUGAGGGCGCUGCAGUACCUCAAUGAGCGCAAGCCUCCUAUUAUACAUUAUGAUCUGAAACCAGGUAACAUUUUAUUAAGUUCCGGAACAACAAGCGGGGAAAUUAAAAUAACAGACUUUGGUCUCUCAAAAAUUAUGGAUGAAGAAAACUUUGACCACAAUGAAGGUGGGAUGGACCUUACAUCACAGGGUGCUGGAACAUAUUGGUAUUUGCCACCAGAAUGUUUUGUUGUUGGGAAAGGACCACCGAAAAUAUCAUCCAAAGUAGAUGUAUGGUCCAUUGGCGUAAUUUUCUAUCAAUGUCUUUAUGGCAAAAAGCCAUUUGGUCACAAUUUGUCUCAAGCAUCCAUUUUGGAACAGAAUACAAUCCUGAAAGCCACAGUAGUGCAAUUUCCAAGUAAACCACCAGUUAGCCAAGAAGCUAAGGAUUUUGUUCGUCGUUGUUUAGAAUACAAGAAAGACAAUCGUAUAGAUGUGCUACGACUGGCUCGAGAUCCUUACCUGAUGCCACCCUCGCGCAAAGCCACUCCAACCAAUAACAGUCAUACUAUGAUGCCCCCUCCCAGUAGUUCCAGUUCCCUCAGCCUCAGUGGCUCAUGAACAAUUCCAAUUGUUUAAGAAGAAAACAUUAAAUAUAAGAUAAUAUUAUGGAAGAUAAAAAUGCCAAGUAUGACCACAGAAGUUUGCUGCUCUCGCUCAUGGCCUCAAGCAAUUUGAGGACUAAAACAUAUCGUAGGGACACGCUGAUCAGAUGGCGAUCAGCACGAAUGUGCCCAUGUUGUAAUUGUUCCCAUUAAAAAUGAUACACAAGUGGUUGCACUCUGUUUGAACAAAACUGUUGAGAAAUCCAGAGAAUAAAACUAGAAAUAGCAUGUAUCUCUAUGGAAUUUGGUUCCUGCUUCCACGUGUUAAAUGUUUGUGAUUUUACAGGGCAUCUAUGAGAUGCAGUUUAUUUU